CGAUAAGAUCAAGCGGGCGGACGGGGGGGCCGAGGGCGGGCGGAGGGGCCGAGGGUGGGCCGAGGGCGCCCGGCGCCGCCGGCACAUCACUCUCACCAUGGACGCCAACGCCACGGCCCGGAGCCCGGAGGCGCCGCCUGCCCCCGCCGCCACCGUCUUUCCCCGCGUGGGCUACAGCGUGCUGGCCUUCCUGAUGUUCAUCAAUACGGUGCUGAGCGUCUUCAACAACGGCCUGGUGAUCGGCGUGUCGCUGAGGAACCCCGGCCUGCUGCGCCCCAUGAACGUCUUUGUCUUCAGCCUGGCCGUGUCCGACCUCAUGAUCGGCCUGUGCGGCUCGCUGGUGGUCACCGUCACCAACUACCACGGCUCCUUCUUCAUGGGGCGGGCCGCCUGUGUCUUCCAAGGCUUUGCCGUCAACUACUUUGGCCUGGUGUCGCUGUGCACGCUGACCCUGCUGUCGUACGAGCGCUACAAGGUGGUGUGCCGGCCCGGCGCCGGGCGGGAGCUGAGCAUGCGGCGUAGCGUGACGGGGCUCCUGUGCGUCUGGCUCUUCUGCCUAUUCUGGGCCGUGGCGCCGCUGUUGGGUUGGAGCGGCUACAGCCCCGAGGGCGUGCGCACGUCCUGCUCGCUGGCCUGGGAGGAGAGGUCGUGGAGCAACUACAGCUACCUCCUGCUCUACACGCUCACCUGCUUCGUCUUCCCGGUGGCCGUCAUCGUCUAUUGCUACGCCAAGGUGCUGGGCUCUCUGCGCAAGCUGAACCGGAGCGUGGAGCCGCAGGUGGGGCAUUCUUUGCGUCCGGAGACGCGGCGCGCCGCCGCCAUGGUCCUGGCCAUGAUCGUGGCCUUCUUUGCGUGCUGGCUGCCCUACACCGUCCUGUCGGCGGCGGUGGUGCUGCGGCCGAGCCUGCGCAUCCCCCCGCUGCUUGCCACCAUGCCCAUGUACUUUGCCAAGACCAGCCCCGUCUACAACCCCGUCAUCUACUUCCUCUCCAACAAGCAGUUUCGCGACGCCGCCCUGGAAAUGCUGUCCUGCGGUCGCUACAUCCCCCGCGGGUUGCCCGCCGCUGCAAUUGCCGUCGGCAUGCGACCCGUCAACGGGAGGCGCCGGCCCGGCUGCUCCGGCGGCAUCAGCAGGCACGGCAAGGUGCGGCCUCUGUGACGCGUGCGUGCGUCUGUGCCGUGAGGAUGGAUGGAUGGAUUUGGGUGGAUGGAUGGAUUUGGGUGGAUGGAUGGAUGGGUGGAUGGAUGGAUUUGGGUGGAUGGAUGGAUUUGGGUGGAUGGAUUUGGGUGGGUGGAUGGAUGGAUGGAUGGAUUUGGGCGGAUGGAUGGAUUUGGGUGGGUGGAUGGAUGGAUGGAUGGCAGUCUGGACGGGCAGACUGACAGCUGAGGAGCAGGCGGAGGACAAAGGAAGCGAGAUGGCAGGCCUUCUGUCGCACACUCCAGCCGUCCAAGACGGGCGGGCCGUCUGUCGCUCUCCUCACUCGGUCUUGUCCGUGACAGGCCACUUGUUUAGGCACGGCGCGGACUUGUCGCAACCAUUCUGGCUUUUGCAAAGAUCGUAAUGCUCUGCAAGCGGAAUCGCUUCCAAAGAAAUAGCUCUGUAUUCCCAAUAAAAACGGAGAAUGUACAGAAUCAAACUGCUCGGAUUAGGUGUCAUGGUGGCGUUAAGGGCCGUGCGUGGCUUAGUGACUAGCACGGUUUGGCUGCUUCGUCUUGUGAGUGUUCCUAUUUUGGAUUUGUGCUUUGAGCAAAUAAAUGACUUUGCAUGGCU